UUACAGCUCUUUCAUUUACAAAAGACAUCUCUAGAAGUGGUAACAAAUUCUAUAUUUAUAAAUGGUGUUGAAGCCAUUUAUUCUGAAGCCAGAACCAGCUGUGUCGAUGGUGGAGGUCAGUUGGCCGUACCCCGGAACCAUGAAGAAAACCAAGCCAUCUUGUCUCUCCGCAAGCAGGUCAAUAAGCACACAUUCAUGGGUAUAAAUGACAUACAGAAAAAGGGUGAUUUUAGAGACCUGUCUGGAGAAGCCAUCAAAUACUUCAACUGGCGCCCUGGUGAACCCAACAAUGUUGCUGGCAAAGAGCAUUGCGUGGAAAUGUGGGAUGAUGGAAAGUGGAAUGAUGAGAAUUGUGACCAAAAACGUUUUUUUGUUUGUGAGUUUUAA